GUUGGUUUUACGCACGGUACUGAUGGACUGUUGCUCAAUCGAUGAGCUGAACUGAAAACAGCGGAUCCGUGGUUACAACGGGUACGGGUGCGAUGUGAUGGGGAUUGGCAUACACCUGGCUGUUCAUGGCGUGGAGGCUCUGGAUGGUUGUGCUAGCAGUGGGACUUUUUGUGGCAGUGUCCUCAGUGUUUUGUACUGGCCUCAAAGCUCCUGUUCUGAUUGGCUGUGUUUUCAUCCAUCGAUUCAAUGUCACCUGUGAUUGGAUGCCUGGAGACUCCCAAACCACACACUACUCUCAAAGUGCAGAGGAUGACCCCACAUGUAAAGCUCUGGACCUGUUCCACGCGAAACACCAGCUGUACAGUGCUGAUGGGGCAGCUUUCUGUCAACUACAACUUCUGUGUCAGCAUCACAGCAUACAGCCGCUAUGGCAACAUCACGACUCCACCACGAUGUCAGAUGGGUAUCGAUGAAAUUAAGUUGCAUCCAGUAACGUUACACAACAUCACUCACGUGCACGGCCAACCACGAUGCCUGACCCUGAACUGGCAGAAAAGAUCAGUUGUAUUUCUAGUAUCCAACAGUCAAAUCCAAGAGGGAAAGCUGGAGUCUCAGAUUGAGUUUAAAGCACAUGGACAGCCAGAUGUGACAGUGGCUAAUGUGACAGUGACUAGCUUCAGUUUCAUGGCGUGCCCCUUCCAGCCGUACACAGAGUACACCGUGAGGCUCCGACAUCGUUACCGUAGCGAAACAAGUCUUUGGAGCCAAUGGAGCAACGAGGGCCAGGGCAGGACGGGAGAGGACGCUCCAUCUUCAUCACCAAUGUUCUGGAGACAAGUUAUUCACCAGGACAGAUAUAGACUCACCUCUCUACUCUGGAAGCCCUUACCUCUUGCGUUCGCCAAUGGGAGAGUCCGCUUCUACAACGUGACCUGUUCAGAUGAAAACAGACAAGUACUUCCAGACAGAGGAAACUGCAGUAAAUUGGACAUUUCUCAUUCCUCUUGUGUGUUGAAACUUCCUUUGGGACGCUGCUCUUGCUCCAUCUCUGCCUCCACCUCAGCUGGGGCCUCACAAAAAUCAUGGAUAUGGUUUAAACCAGCCAAUGUCAAUGAGCCCCCUCCUCCGAGCCGAUUGAACGUCACUGUGGUGGAUGACAGAAGUCUGAGUAUAAACUGGGCUCCACCUGCAGCUGCUGUGUCUCUGAGCGGCUUUGUAGUGGAGUGGUUUGUCGUGACAGAGAAAAACAGUGCCCCCUACCACUGGAAGAGAGUGAACAGUUCCAAUACAGCUAUAAAUAUCACAGAGGGAGUGGAGCCAUUCAAACGUUAUGCAGUUUCUGUGAGAGCUCUUUAUAGCAAUGAGGGACCCGGACAGAGCAAGAAUCUACACAUCUACACACGUCAAGGAGUGCCCUCUGCUGGCCCUAACUUGCAGGUGCAGUCAUCAGGCUUAAAUGUGAAGCUCAGUUGGACUAUACCUGUGGAGCAGCUACAUGGUUUUAUUCGGAACUACACACUUCACUACAAGACAUCUGAUGUACCAGCCAAAAAAGUGGUUGUGCCUGGUGAUGUGGAGCAGUACUCGAUUUCAUUGUCUCCGGGUCACUAUGAGUUCUGUAUGCAGGCCAGUACAGAGGCUGGGGAGGGGGUGAACGGAUCAACCACCACUGUAUAUAUAAACUUGGAAGAAAUCUCCAUUAUACGUUAUGUCAUUCUUCCCAUUGGUCUAAUUUCACUGGUGCUGAUGUUUAUGGUCUGUUUGGCAGAAAAGGCAGUAGCAAAAAGAAAGCUUUCUAAAGACAUCCCAGACCCAUCCCACAGCAGCCUGGCCAACUGGAGACCUAAAACAAUGACUGGCAUGGUUUCUGCCAGUCCAGACACUAAAUACUCUAAAGUGGUUUUGCUCAUCGAACGAGAAAUGGAAAACUAUGAAUUGGACCAGGAUCUAUCCAUGUUUGCCACACCAUCAAGUUACAAUCCCUUCAAAUGGGAAACAAAAUACUCCCAAAACACUACAAACAUGGCGGCGAUCAACUUUACUUCCUGUCCUGCUAUUCACUCCAUUGUACUCUCCUCCAAAGCUAAACUCUCAUCAGAACUACAUCACAACAGCUCUAUCAAUGUAAAAAAUCUCAAAGGACCACUAGGGGGAGACAGUGAGUUGUGUAAAACGAGCACAAAAAGCUUUCAUUACUUCAAGCAGCAACGUAAAUCAGCUCGCCCUUAUAAUUUAGCUAUGGGUAAUUUUACAUCAACUCCAAUGCUCAACUUAGACUCUUCCUCUCAAAACAAUAUUUCUUCCUCUUGUUUAACAUUUCCUGAUCUACUUUUGAAAGAUUUAAUGAAUCUGUCCCAAAGUUCAAUUCAAGUUGACCCGUACAUGCCAGUGUGACUACUUUAACAUGAUCUUUAAAGGUGUGGUUUUUCUGGUGGAGGGUCCGUCUAAUGCUUUUCUCCAUGGAGAUGUUAUGGCUCUGUCAGAAAUGUUUCACAGUGUGGAUUUAAACCUUUCUAUCAUCACGGAGUUACAAGUUAACAUUCAGAUUUGUGGAGCGGCAACCCUGCUCAGUCAGAAUGUUUGUUUUCCUAGGUAUUUUUGCGCUAUAAAACCAUCUAUAAUUGAGUAAAUGUUCAAUAAAGGUAGAACUAUUUAAUGUCAUACUGUGAAACAUUCCAGGCAGAGCAAUGAUAUAUCCAUAGAAACAAGCAGGUGAUGGAUCCCCAACCAAAAAGCUAAAUAGUGUACCUUUAAACACGCACAACUGUGAAUUUCUUUUGUAUAUGGGAAGGAC